GAGGCGCAGACGGUGAUGCGAGCGAUUAAGGGUUUCGGUACGGAUGAAGCGACGCUGAUCACCAUUCUGUGCACGCUCGCGGAGGAGGAUAUCUUGCCGUUGCAAAUGGCGUUUUCGUCGCGAUACGAAAAGUCCAUGGAACAAGCCGUGCUGUCGGAGACGAGCGGAAAGUUUAAGCGCGUGCUUUUGCUCGCCGGUUGCGAUGGCGUGGGUGAAUCAUACGCGAAAGUCAUUAAUUCCGCCGUCGCUGGUCUCGGUACGGACACCAAGGCUAUUAUUCGCUUGAUGGUGACGGCGACGCCCGAGCAACUCGACGCGACGCGCGAGGCGUACUCUCGGAUCUACAAGAAGGAUCUCAUCCGCGCCGUGGGAAGCGAGUGGAAGGUGAGGGGCGAUUUCAAGCGAAUAAUCGAAGCCUUGGCGAAGCGUCACCCGGCGAACGUGAACGAUGACGCCGAUAUCGAUUACUCCGCCGACGUGCGAGCCAUGCGCAACGCCGUCGAAGGCAUGGGCACCGACGAAGCCGCCGUCAUCGCCCUCUUGGCGAACAAGUCGCACAAGCAGAUCGAGGCCUUCCGUGAAGCGUACAAGAUCGAAACCGGGGAGUUGCUGCGCGAACGCAUUCGCAACGAAACCACUGGUUUGUUUGAGAGCAAGCUGUUCCGCGAAACGCUCAUGGGUUUGCUGACGCCGCGCGAGGAACAAAUCGCCAUCUACCUCGGCGAAGCGAUGGCGGGCUGGGGCAACGACGAUUGGGGUCUUAUUUCUAUGCUCGUUCAUCGCACGGAGGAAGAAAAGAUGGCGAUUCGCACCAAAUACACCGAACACUUCGGUGGCGAUCUCAUCGCUGACAUCCGCUCAAACUGCCGCGGCGACUACGAAGACGCCCUCGUGGCGUGCAUC